AUGACUCUUGCUAAUGGUACACUACGACCAUUCUUUGCUAUCUUACUUCGGAAAGUCCUCAAUCUCAAUGUAGAGAAGUUAUGUCUUAUACUAUCAGGAACAGGAAUGAGUUUUAACGAUAUCAAGAUUCAUGCUGCCUCUGCUAUUGCUAAAUCUGGUGGUUCCACAUUCAAGAAUUUUUUCAGUAUACAUGAUGGAUUUUACAAAUGUAUCCAGUUACUGGAACAUGCUCUAUCAAAUACAUCUUCAAUAUCCCAGAGUAAUGUGAAUGAAAAAGAAAGAAGUAUGGAGCAAAUUGCAGAUAUUAUGAUUCGUAGCAUGCUUUCUCAUUAUACAAAAUUAGUGAAAGGAGAUGAAGGUGCCGAAAUGGUUCAAUAUGGGUUUUCUCAGCUUUGCAGUUUUGAACAUCUAGAAGAUCUAAACGCGCUUCAAAUGGAUGCCAUUUCAAUACAAAUAGCAGAACUGAUUCCCAUCUUGGUGAUUAGAGAAUAUAUAAAAAAACAUCCUGAUGAAUUUGAGGCCCAGCAUUGUGAAAUCUAUGUUCAGUUCAUUAUAAUGCAUCAUGUGCAGCGUAAGAGUCGUUCUGUUUUGUCGGAAUCAUUUGGAAGAGGUUUAAAAUCACGCUGUAUGAAACAAGUUGGCAGAAUGAAUGUUAAUGGUAAAAUUUAUUGGGGAAUAGAGCUUACACUUGAGGGUGACGGUUUAGAGGAGCAUGAGGCGGUUUUAUGA